GUCGCGUGCGUUGACUUGUCGCGGUCGUGCAGAGCGGUCGCAAGAUGAACUCUGCGCUGGAGGUGCUGGUGUUCCUGGGCACGCUGCUGUACGCCUACGUGGAGGCGCUGGUGAAGCUGCUGCUGCCCGCCAAGAGGAAGACCGUCCGCGGGGAGCUGGUGCUGGUGACGGGCGCUGCCCGCGGGCUGGGCAGGGCCACGGCCCGCGAGUUCGCCCGGCGCCAGAGCCGCCUGGUGCUGUGGGACGUCGAGGCGCAUGGCCUCAAGGAGACAGCAGCAGAAUGCGAAGGGCUGGGAGCCACCGUUCACACCUUUGUGGUGGACUGCAGCAAAAGGGAGGAGAUCUACAGCGCUGCCGAGAAGGUGAAAAAGGACAUUGGUGAUGUCUCCAUCCUGGUGAAUAAUGCUGGUGUGAUUGCAGCUGCCGACCUGCUCUCCACCCAGGACCACCAAGUUGAGAAAACAUUUGAAGUCAACAUUCUUGCUCACAUCUGGACAACAAGAGCUUUUCUGCCAACAAUGAUGAAGAACAACCAUGGUCACAUUGUCACAGUGGCUUCUGCAGCAGGUCAAUUUGUAACUCCUUUCAUGGUGGUUUACUGUUCAAGCAAGUUUGCUGCAGUUGGAUUUCAUAAAGCCCUAACGGAUGAGCUGUCUUCACUGGGAAAGGAUGGAAUAAAAACAACGUGUCUCUGUCCAGUUUUUAUAAAUACUGGAUUUGUCAAAAACCCCAGUGUGAGGCUUGGAAAGAUCUUGGAGGUUGAUGAAGUUGUGAAGGCACUGAUGGAAGGAAUAGUGACCAACCAGAAAAUGGUUUUUGUUCCAUCAAAUCAACGUUUUGCUUUACUUCUUGAAAGGUUGCUUCCAGAACGUGCCUUGAAUUAUCUCAAAAAGCUGACUGAUGUUAAGUUUGAUGCAGUCGUUGGGCGUGGAAGCAAUCAGUGAAAAAGAAAUUGUUUCUCAUUUCCCCAUGAAAUGAGUGAAAGCAGAACAGAUGCUGAGUGUAGCACAGCAAUUUGGAUUCAGAGCAGAAUUAAGAUGGGUACUUCUUCCAGGCCACCGCUUCCCAUCACACCUUAAGGUCCAUCCCACACCCGCAGAAGGAACAGAUGUGCAUAACAUGGUGUGUUAGCAGAGCAGAGCAGAGAGGCAGCUCUAGAAGUCAGAAGGACUGCUCUGGAAUGUGCACAACUGCUUACAUGAGUGCAGUGGAAUUGGAGUAUAAAUUAAUGUGGUCCUAUAGAGUAAAAUUAUCUUGUGGGGAGGAAUGAUUAUAGGUGGCCUGCUUCACCUUAAUGAAUCAUUUUAAGUUCAAAAAGCCUUGUACUGCACACAGUUUAAUGCAUUUUUUGUAGUAAGUACCUGAAAUAAUACAGCGUCUUAAUCAACCACUACCUAAAUAUGUUGAUUGUCCAUUAUGCACGAGCUCCACCAGUACAACUUGUACAGAAUAAAAGCAGUUCUCUAACCAGGUGUCUCUUAGCAGUUACAGUCACAACCACAUCCUACAGGUGCACUUAAGGUGCAGUGUUAAGAAAUAUAUGCCCUCUGCUGAUGUCAUUUCUCAAAUUGCUGAUGAUUCUCCAACCAGAUUCAAACACCUUCCUCUGAAACAAGUGUAGUAUUUCCUACAAAUUACUGAGUGCCCUGUUCUGUUUCAUGCUUACCACAAAAUGUGAUUUUUUUUUUCAUAAGAAUGAGGAAGCGUGGUUCUGUUUUUGUCCUUACACUAAAAGGUAACUACUCCAGCCUAAUAAAAAUUGCUGUUUAUCUUCUCCA